GACAUUGGGCAACAUGGACCUGACUGGAAAGGGGAGGGGACAGACACGUUGAGUGCACAAAACCCCCUUGCUUUCAGAAUCGGGUGACCUGAGAAGAGAGCGCUGCUCAUCUGUGGCUGCCUCCCCUCAGAAACAACUGUCCGUCGACCGCUUUGCGAAGUGGACUCGCGGCAGUGCUGAAGUGACAAAGCUUUCACACAGACCCGUGAAAACAGAAGAGAAUCAGAAGAAGGAGCGACAGUGAGACUAAUAUAAGCAGAACUAGAAAGACCACCGCCGACUGGACUGGACAGGGGAGCAGGGAAUCUUUCUCUCAGUACGGUACACCAGCCCCUCACUUUGACAUCACAGCCUCUGAGAGGAGAGCCGGAGUCGGGAGGAGGAGAGGCAGAGGAGACUAGCACCUCCUGAGAGGUGGGAGGAAGACUCAGCUAUAGAGAGAGAGAGGAGGGGAAGUUCCCUCGCUCUCGACCCAUCCGGCUGUCAGGCUGGCUGGCACAGCCAUGGCGUUCACCUUCGCGGCCUUCUGCUACAUGCUCACCUUAGUGCUGUGUGCCGCGCUCAUCUUCUUCGUCAUCUGGCAGAUCAUUGCAUUUGAUGAGCUACGCACAGACUUCAAGAAUCCAAUCGAUCAGAGCAACCCCACCAGAGCGAGAGAGAGAAUUUUGAAUAUUGAAAGAAUUUGUAACUUGCUACGGAAGCUGGUGGUGCCAGAAUACUCCAUCCAUGGGCUGUUCUGCCUGAUGUUCAUGUGUGCUGGAGAAUGGGUCACCCUGGGCCUCAACAUCCCCCUUCUCUUCUACCAUCUCUGGAGGUAUUUCCAUCGGCCAGCCGACGGGUCAGAGGUCAUGUAUGACCCUGUCAGUGUGAUGAAUGCAGACAUCCUGAACUACUGUCAGAAGGAGUCCUGGUGUAAGCUGGGCUUCUAUCUUCUCUCAUUCUUCUACUAUUUGUACAGUAUGGUCUACGCCUUGGUGAGUUUUUAAACACUGAGUAGAAGACAAACAAGACUGAAAGACAGAAAGGGAGAAAGAGCCAGCAGGACAAAGACUGGGUGAUAUCUCUCACCCCUCUUUCUCACCAUCCAUCACUCCAUCACAGACCAUGUUUUGCUCUCCUCAAAUCUUUGGAUGGAGGGACGAACACUGGAGGGAAUGAGGCUAAGCUAAGAGACUUGUUAAGCCUGCUCAGACUGUCGUCCGUCAGGGGGGGGAGCAGACAACGAGGAGCCACUGAAGAGGAGGGAAUGAAAUAACGAAGAGAAAGUACCUCAGCCAGUGUACGUACUGCCUUGUUCUGACCACAUCAUUUCUUAAGGGCUGCAGGGCUCCUCGGCUGCUCUAAAAGUACAGCCCGUCACUCAACUGUGAACUUAAAAAAUGUUGUGUUGCCUAGGUCCUAGCGUAGAUGUUGCAGAUCCAUGCGUUCAUAGUGUUCCAUUCCGAUAAACGUUACAAUUUUAUAAAAGGGAAUAUAAAUCGAACACAACAAGAAAUACGUUCUUCUAUUCAUUCGGUAUGUCAAUAAUCCAGUGUUUGUGAUGGUUUUCUGAGGAUAUGAACAGUUAGCUGUUAAAAUCGAUAAAAGCACCAUUAAAUGCCACUAUUUUGAUCAAGAUUUAAAGGCAUAGUGUUAUUUACAAUUCUAAACAUUAUAAACAAAGUGGUUUGAUCCCUGAAUGGUGAUUGGGUGAAAGCUGCAGUGUUUGACAUUGCAAUGACAAAGGAAAUAUCUUAGACUGUUUGAAUUGCGUUGGUAACUGGUUUAUAAUGGCAAUAAGGCACUUCUGGGUUUGUGGUAUAUUGUUGUUAUACCAUGGCUCCGGGCUAAUUGCAGGCAUCCCCUACUGCAUCAUACAUAAGAACAGCCCUUAGCAGUGGUAUAUUGGCCAUUUACCAGACCUUUUGUGCCUUGUUGCUUAAAUACAAUAUUGACGUUAUUUCUGAACUCAACAAACCAAACAUAUGUUCAUACAGUCUUACCAUAUGUACAGAACAUGAACCAGUGGAUCCAGCCUUGUGGGAAUUAACAAGCCGUAACACUGUUUUGAUUAGGUGGUGACAAGGAUUAGCUUCUAUAAAGUAGACACCCAGGAGCAGUCAUUGAGUAUAAGUCUCUGACUAGACCCCAGGGCCAGUCCCACACCCCAGACCUCAGGGCCAGUCCCAGACCCAAGACCUACACCCCAGUCCCAGGGCCAGUCCCACACCUCAGACACCAGGGCCAGUCCCAGACCCAAGACCUACACCCCAGUCCCAGGGCCAGUCCCACACCUCAGACACCAGGGCCAGACCUUGGGACAGUUCCUGACUAUAGACCCCUGACCCCAAGGUCAGUCCCAGUCCCAGGGCCAGUCCCACACCCCAGACACCAGGGCCAGACCCAGGGACAGUUCCUCACCACAGGCCCCUGACCCCAAGGUCAGUCCCACACCCCAGACACCAGGGCCAGACCCAGGGACAGUUCCUGACCACAGACCCCUGACCCCAAGUUCAGUCCCAGACCCCAGGGCCAGUCCCACACCCCAGACCCCAGGGCCAGUCGCAGUCCAGGGUAAACAGGCACAUUUCAUUGAAACUGAAAAUUAAUCAGGAUUGAAAGUGAUGUAAUGGCACUGGGGUGCUUAAGUAUUCUGUGUUUGUCUGUCCUGUUCUAGGUAGGAAGGGCUGAUUUCACCUAGACUUACCAAAGAGCUCAGUGCUCAGUUAUUCCAGAUAACAGAAACCUCAUUGAAGAAAAGCUAUUUAAAUUCACAAUAACUGCAAUGCGCCUAGGAGAGACUACUAUACAUGUGAUCAUAUUUAUUCUGUGGAACAAUACUGUGUGACUAACAACAGACCAGGCUGAUAAAUAUGAUGAUGAUGACAGGGGGAUAGGAAUUCAAUGGUGUUCACACAGGCAGCCUAGUUCAGAUUCUUUUUUAACUUUAAAAAGGCCACGCUGGUCAUACUGAGACCAAACGGAUGAGCCUGCAUGGACACAAACUGGAAACAAUUAAAAGUAUGGGGAGCACCCCCCCCCAAAAAAAAAAAAAUUUCAUAAGACACAAACACAUUCUUCUUUGAAAUAUUCCUCCAUCAUCCUUUUCAGUUGUCCUAGAGAUAUUUGGUGUUUAAACUCUUUGGCCAAUAAUUCUGCAAAAAGAUCCGAAUUGGGCUGCCUGUGGGCCCUGGGACACUAUGGAAGUUACAUAACUGUUCUCACUCACGGUGUUACUGUGAAUGUUGGCAGACAGUCUCUGGUUCAUUUCAAAGCCUUGACAUAGCUGGUGCUGCACUCAUCGUCAUGUAUCCGUCUCUCUGUGUAGAUAAGUAAUAAUGAUCUCACUGUGCGAUUGUAAAAUCAUUAGAGAAAUGGGUUAUAAUGGAACUUGAAAAAUACAUGUGAAAUCAUUAGUUUAACAUAAACUGACCAUAGUUGAAGUAAUACAUUUUUGUACAACUAGUCUAAGGUUCAGGUUGACACCUGAACACAAACAGAGCCCUGCAUGAUAAUGGAGCCAUACGCAUACAGUAUAUCUGUCUUGACAGUUCCCUCUUCGACUGGACAACCAGUGCUUAACCCCUGCCAACCAUGUGAGUCAAUCACAGACAAUCUCUAAAGCACAAAAUGGGGUCACAGACUACUAGGGAAAAUAAAGCUAGCUUGACCAUCAAUGAAUGUCAUAAUGCAGUUUAUCCGAAUGAAAGAAUAACUAUAUAUUUAAGAAAAACUAUUUGUGACUGUCUUUUCUACAUCUCUCAUCACUGUAUGCUAUGUUUGUUGGAACUAGUUUGUAUUCAUUAGAAUACACUAUGAUAUACACUACAGCGAAUUUACAUAUUCUAAUAAAAUAGCGAUGUGUUAAGAAAGUAUG